AUGGAUUCUCCAGACAAGAGCCUCCCAAAAGGCUAUGCGCUCCAGCCUGGUUACCCCUCGACCUCCCAAUAUCUUCAUCUCCGUUCUGUGGCCGGACUCUCGGCGAAAACACCGUCCCAGGCAGCUGCAGUUGCUACUGGCAGCUGGUUUGGCUGCUAUAUCACCUUCGAAGCCGUCAAGGGCGAUCCACAACCGAUUGGCAUGGGAAGAGUGAUCGGAGAUGGCGGCUGGUAUUUUCAUAUUGCCGAUAUGGCCGUGCAUCCGGAUCACCAGAGGCAAGGUCUUGGUGAUGUGAUUCUGAAAACGCUCCUGCAACAUAUACACCGCGAGUCUCCUGCCGAUGGAAAGCCAUAUAUCACGCUGUUUGCCGAUGAGCCAGGCCGAAAACUAUACUAUAAGAAUGGAUUUGUGGAUUCAGCUCCUGGUCAGCUGGGGAUGGCUUUGAAAUAG